AUGGAGAAAACCACUCAACCAUCCCCGGUCGCGCCCGAUCUCGAGGCCAGUCCAACUCCAGAGUCCCCCAAAGAGUCAACCCUCACGCGACGAUGGAAGCAAACUCUAGACCCGACCAAUGCGGAUCUGGUGUGUCUGCUACUAUGCUUCCUCACGGGUCUCUGCGAUAGCAGCGCAUACAAUGCCUGGUCCUGUUUCCUGGGCAUGCAGACCGGAAACACCAUCUUCCUUGGUCUCGGUGCCUCCAACCAACCCGCCAGUAAACCAUGGGGCUGGCUCAAAUCCCUCGUCUCCAUCGCCUCCUUCUUCUCCGGCGCCAUGAUCUUCUCAUCCGUCAUGCGUCGCGUCGGCGCCCUCCGCCGCGGCACCCUCUUCGUCUCCUUCCUCAUCCAAACCAUCCUCAUCAUCAUCGCCGUAGCCCUCAUCCAGGCCGAUCUGAUCCCGCACACCUCGACCGACCAGGGUCUUGACGGCGGACCCCUCUUCCUCGAGCUGAUCCCGAUCGGCCUCUUGGCAUUCCAGUCCGCGGGCGCCAUGACCUGCAGUCGCUCCCUGGGUUAUAAUGAGAUUCCGACCGUGGUGUUGACCAGUGUCUACUUUGAUAUUGCUUCCGAUCCGAAGAUUACGGAUAAGCCUACGACUAAUGUCAAGCGCAAUCGUCGCAUUGGCGGUGUCGUUUUCUUGUUGAUUGGUGCUAUCGUUGGUGGAUGGUUGAGUCGCAGCAGUGGCGGUAUGCAGUCGGCCUUGUGGAUGGCUGCUGGCAUUAAGCUUGUGGCGGCCAUUGGCUGGCUCUUCUGGAAGGCCGCUGCUCCGAAAUAG